AGAGUUACGGCUGCCAAUAGUUAGUUCAAGCAAGAAAAAGCCAUGGACAGACGGUGGAUUCUUCUGGUUCUAGCCAUCAGUGGCUACGGUGCGAGUAGGGAGAUCUCCUCAGGAGGGGAAGAGGAAGGAAAUGGGCCGGACGUACCGCCCCCUGCCAUCAUCGGUGGCACCGAUGCUCCGGAGGACGCCUGGCCAUGGCAGGUUCUGCUCUUGUACCGUAACAAGUUUAUAUGUGGCGGUACUCUUCUGAACGAUAACACUAUACUCACCGCGGCCCACUGCACUUACCGAGGCAAGGCAAAGAAGUUCAGAGUAGUGAUCGGGGAAUACAACAGAAAAAAAAAUGAAAGGAAAACUAGAGGCGAAAAGAAAAUGGCAGUGAAGAAGAUAAUAGAGCACCCAGAUUACGACGGGAAUGUCUUACACGAUAUGUCCAUCAUAAAGUUAAAAGGAAGAGUAAAGUUCAACACUUACAUUCAACCGAUACCUGGACUUGCGGAUACGGACAUGGACCUUAUCAGUAGCACCUGCUUUGUUACCGGCUGGGGGGCUUAUAAAG